AUGGACGCUCCCCAGCAGCAGGCGCCACCGCAGCCGGGCGCGCUGCACUGGCGCCUGAGCUCGCACCCCAUCACGCUGCUCACCUUCCUCGCCUUCCGCAUUGGGAGCUUGCUCGUCUACCUCUUUGGUUUGCUUUUUACAGGGAAUAAGGUCCUCGUUUUCAUCAUCACCGUCCUCCUCCUCGCCGCCGACUUUUACUACCUCAAAAACAUUGCCGGCCGCCGCCUCGUCGGCCUGCGCUGGUGGAACGAGGUGAACCCCGAGACCGGCGACUCCAAGUGGGUCUUUGAGAGCAGCGACCCGGCGUCCAACCGCGUCCCCAACGCCACCGACAGCCGCUUCUUCUGGCUGGCCCUCUACGCGCAGCCCCUGUCGUGGACCGCCCUCGCCGUCUUUGCCCUCUUCCGCUUCAGCGUGCUGUGGCUGCCGCUGCUGGCGAUUGCGCUGGCGCUGACCGUGACCAACGCCCUAGCGUUUUCGCGGUGCGACAAGUUCAGCCAAGCCUCCAACCUGGCCGGGUCGGCGUUUUCGUCGACGAACCUGGCCGGGUCGAUUGCGAGCGGCAUGGCGAGUCGCUUCUUUGGGCGGUAG